CGAGGUGCAGUCGCGCACAUGGGGACACACCGCAUCGUGCUGUCGGGCCCCGGGCCCUGGGGCUUCCGCCUGGUGGGCGGCCGGGACUUCGAGCAGCCCCUCACCAUCUCCCGGGUGACUCCAGGUAGCAAAGCUGCCAUAGCCAACCUGUGUAUAGGAGACCAGAUCAUAGCCAUUGAUGGAGUGAACACAGAUAACAUGACACACCUUGAGGCACAGAACAAAAUCAAGGGUUGUGCAGAUGAGCUAACUCUGACAGUCAGCAGAACUGAGUCAAAAGUCUGGUCACCACUUGUAAAUGAAGAGGGGAAGACACAUCCUUAUAAGAUGAAUCUGGCCUCUCAGCCGCAGGAAAUAAGGCACAUAGGAAGUGCACACAACCGGAGCGCGGUGCCCUUCACUGCUGCCACAGCUUCUGCCCCCAGAGUGAUCACUGCUCAGUACAACAGCCCAGCAGGCCUGUACUCCUCAGAGAACAUCCAAACCUUCAACAGUGCAGUGGAGACAAAGACAUCACCUGGGGCCCCCGAGCCUACCAAGCUUUUAGAUCAGCAUAACCAGCCCCCAGGCAGCAUCGCAAUAGACAGAGAAUCUGAGGUUUACAAGAUGCUCCAGGAGAAUCAAGAGUCAAAUGAGCCACCCAGACAAUCUGCUUCCUUCCUUGUGUUGCAAGAGAUUUUGGAGUCAGAAGAGAAAGGAGACCCUACCAAACCAUCUGGAUUUAGGAGCGUCAAAGCCCCUACAACAAAGGUGGCCUCAUCUAUUGGGAAUGCCCAGAAGCUGCCCAUGUGUGAGAAGUGUGGAUCUGGCAUUGUAGGGGUGUUUGUGAAGAUCCGGGACAAGCAGCGUCACCCCGAGUGCUACGUGUGCAGCGACUGUGGCACCAACCUCAAGCAGAAAGGACACUUCUUCGUGGAAGACCAAAUCUACUGCGAGAAGCACGCACGGGAGCGGGUGAUUCCUCCGGAGGGUUACGAGGUGGUCACUGUCUUCCCAAAGUAAGCUGGGCUGCUCACAAACCCAGUGUGGAUGGUUCCUUCUCUGCUGCUUUUCCUUGGAAAAAAGCAUCAUCCCCGCCCACCCCCUGCCCUGCCAAAUCUUGUUUGCAAUAAGGACUGCUAGGCAUGGCUUUGAAGUUCCCAGCCAUUAUUAGUCCUCCAUCUGUUCACAUGAGAUGUCACUAAUUGUUCAAAAUUUUUUCUUGUCUCCUUUUUCACUGUUUGGGUGCGGUUUUUAAAUAUACAGAUUUUAUUUUUUCCCCUCCUUUGUCCUGUCAAUCACACAGGAAAAUCAGCAGCCAAAGUCAGACUAUAACUCGUCUGUGUCACAGGUUGCCUUCUGUUUGCAUUCAAUAAAUGGGGUGAAUUCAUAAGGCAGCUGUCUGCUUUCUCCUGGUAUCCCUGUGCCCUGGACUGGGGUUCCCAGGGCAGCAGAAGAGGUGCCCAGUGUACGCCUGUGUUUGCCCUGGACAGCAGUGUGAGAGAAUUACAAAUUUCAGCCUCACUUACCUCUCAUGCUGCCCAGCUGCUGUUAGCAGCUGCCUGCUGGCACCCAGCAAGGGCCAAGUGGGCACAGCCAGGCCACAGAUCACAGCUGGCAUUGGCUGCCUGUCCCCAGUGCAAGGUGGCUGAGAGCUGCCUCCAGCAUUGCUUGAUGAUGAUGCAUGGCUGUCUUUGGGGUUGGUGUGGGGAGUGGGCACAUGCCCCACGUACACUGGGUGAGGGCCUGAUGGGGUGAUCUGUGGUGACAUUAUUUCUCUACUCGCACCUCUGAAUGAGCUACUGGCUGUUCUUUUGCUGUAAAAAUAAACAGUUUCUAAGAAA